UCGAGUCGCGAAAUGAAAUGACAUCCAGCGAGUCCGUAAUGAACACAAGAGCUGUCGAAAAUUUUUGUGAGUAUCUGCAAAUUCCGACUUUUCAUCCUAAUGUUAAUUAUGAAGAAUGUGUGGCUUUUAUAAAAAAACAGGCAAAAUCUCUUGAUCUUCCGGUUAAGGUGUUUGAAGUCAAUCCUGGUAAGUCCGUUGUAGUUAUUACGUGGGAAGGAACAGAGCCAGAAAAAUCUACAAUUUUAUUAAACGGACAUAUGGAUGUUGUACCGGCUUAUUCUGAAGAAUGGACAUAUCCACCAUUCAGUGCGUAUAUUGAUGAACAGGAAAAUAUUUAUGCGAGAGGAUCUCAAGAUUGUAAAUGUGUUACUAUACAGCAGUUAGAAGCAGUUCGUCGUUUAAAAUUAAGUGGGAUUAGAUUGAAAAGGACGAUUCAUAUUUCUUUGGUGCCAGAUGAAGAGGUGGGGGGAUAUGAAGGAAUGAAAACAUUUACAGAAACCCAAGAUUUUAAAUCCUUGAACGUAGGUUUUGCACUUGAUGAAGGAACUGCUUCCCCAAAUGAGGAAUUUUCUAUAACUUAUGGAGAACGAAGCCUUUUCCGAAUUUGGGUUCAUUGUUCUGGUACUUCUGGUCAUGGGUCACUCUUGUUCGAUAAUACAGUUGGAGACAAAUUUGUAAUUGUGCUUGAUCGAUUUUUGAAAUUUAGAGCCACUGAAAAAGAUAAAUUAAAAAAUCCUGCUGUCAAGAUUGGAAAUGUCACUUCAGUUAAUUUAACUAUGAUUAAGGGAGGUGUGCAGCUGAACGUCAUUCCGAAAGAACUUUCAGCUGGCUUUGAUAUUCGUUUAGCUGCUGAUGUUAAUCGUGAAGAAUUUGAACAAAUGAUAAGAGGAUGGUGCAAAGAAGCUGGAGAAGGGGUUUAUUACACUGUUGUAAUCAAAGACCCUUAUGUUUCAAAUACAAAAUUAGACGACCUUUUUUGGACUGCAUUUAAACAAGCCUGCGAUAAUUUAAACAUCAAAUUGAACCCAAUUAUCCGUGCUGGAGCAUCAGAUUCUAGAUUUCUCCGAAGUAUGGGAAUACCGUCUUUGGGAUUCACACCAAUAAAUAAUACUCCAAUACUUAUGCACAGCUACAAUGAGUUUUUGAAUAAGGAUGUAUUUUUAAAAGGGAUUGAAAUUUUCAUGAAGAUUUUGCCCGAAAUUGCUAAUGUAUAAAAAAGACGAAUGGAUUAUUUUUUCAAUAUUUAUAUAUUUCUUAUUUUA